AUGAUCCCUUUAAACAAAUCAAAACGAACCUUACCACGUCAUGAUAUUUGGCGUGAUCCGGCUCAAGCUGGUGUUGAAUUUCAAGCUGAAUUUGAUUGGCUUAUGGCUCGUGCUGCUCAUCUUUCUCAAACUAGAGCUGAAGAAGAGAGAGAAAAGGCUUUAGAAGCAUCGGAAGAAUCGAGAGGUCUUUUACUUGAAUGUCAGUGUUGUUAUGACAACUUUAGAUUCGUUAGGAUGAUUCAAUGUCCAGAAGGACAUUUAUUUUGUAACGAUUGUGUCAAAAGAAAUGCGGAUGUUCAAAUCGGUAGUAAUAAAGCUGAUAUCAGAUGUAUGGAUACAUCAGAUUGUCCAUCGAUCUUUUCCAAAGCUGAACUUUCGAAAGUCUUAAACCUACAAAUGUUAAAAAGGCUAGAACAAAUCGAAUUAGAAGCAAGUCUUGAUCAAGCUAAUAUCGAAGGAUUAGAGAAAUGUCCGUUUUGUGUAUGGGCUGUGAUUAUUGAGAAUCCAUCUGAACGGGUCUUUCGAUGUGGAAAUCAGAAAUGCUUGAAAGAAACAUGUAGACAGUGUAAAAAAGCAAGUCAUAUUCCUAAAACCUGUGAAGAAGUGAGGAUAGAAGAUGCGAAGAUCAAUUCGAUUCAUGUGCUAGCAGAAGCGAUGACAGACGCAUUGAUUAGGAAAUGUCCAAAGUGUCGUCAAUGCUUUGUAAAGGAAAGUGGAUGUAAUAAGAUGCGAUGUAUGCAUUGUCAAACACUAUCGUGCUACGUAUGUCAACAGAUUGUGACUGGAUACGACCACUUCAUGAACGCUGGACCUAAUCUACAAGGAAUGACACCUGAUCCCAAAGCGAAAUGUCCAUUAUGGGAUGAUACACAAACUCGACAUGAUAAAGAGAUCGAAGAUGCAUUGAGAGUGGCCAACCAAAAGUUAAACCAAUCUACUUCUACUAAUCCAGAAGGAGUGUUGAGUAAAGCGGAGUUAGAAGCACUUCGUCGUGAUCCUGUACCACGUGCUCCAACAGGACAUCAUCAUGGGAUGCCUCCGGAUGUUUUACAUCAAGCAGCAUGGGCAGGUGCAAGAGCAGAUCCCAUGAUUGCUUAUGAGAUGAGAGUAGAAAGGGAAAGACUUAGGACAGAAAGAGCAAGAGAUGAAGCAUUAAGAAUGCAUAUUGAAUUAAUGACUCGUCGUAGGAAUCAAAGAAAAAGAGAUAUUUAGUUUUGAGGGGGUGGGAGAGGGGAGUGGAUUUUUGAUCUGUUUUUUUGGGUUUUGUUUUGUUGGUUGGGUUCGGGUUGUGGUGUUAGAGAUGAUGUUUUGUUAUUUUUUAAUUGAUAUUUAUUUAGAUUUGCAUAUAUGAGUAUUAUAUGAUUUGUGGAAAUCAAAAGGUUUGAUUGACC